AUGAGUGGCGAGUUGAUAUCUUCGAUGGUUUUACAAAAAAUGAAAGAGAGUGCCGAAGCCUAUUUGGGCAAAACGGUCAAAAAUGCUGUAAUCACUGUACCAGCCUAUUUCAACGAUUCUCAAAGAGCUGCUACCGUAGAUGCUGCGAAAAUUGCCGGUUUGAACGUAUUACGUAUCAUAAAUGAACCUACAGCUGCUGCCCUCGCUUACGGUCUAGAAAAAAUAGACAGCGGAGAUGAACGUAAAGUAUUUAUUUUCGAUCUCGGAGGUGGAACAUUCGACGUCUCUAUUUUGACAAUUGAAGAUGGGUCUUUCGAAGUAAUCUCAACCGCUGGUGAUACUCACUUGGGUGGCGAAGAUAUUGACAACAAAUUGGUCGACCAUUUCGUCAAAGAAUUCAAAUCUAAACACAACGCAGACCUCACUAAGAACAAAAAAGCCAUAAAUCGUCUACGUACUGCCUGCGAACGAGCAAAGCGAAUUCUGUCAUCCACUACCGUUGCCAAUAUUGAAAUCGAUUCUCUUCACGAUGGCAUCGACUUCUAUAGUUCAAUCUCGCGCGCUCGUUUUGAAGAAUUAAACGCCGAUUUCUUUCGAACUGUGAUGGCAGUGGUUGAAAAAGCGAUAGAAAAUGCUAAGAUCAGCAAUACUCAAAUUGAUCAUGUUGUUUUAAUCGGAGGAUCAUCUCGGAUCCCUAAGAUACAGAAAAUGUUGCAAGAUCUCUUCGCAGGAAAAGAAUUGAGCAAAUCGAUAAAUCCGGACGAAGCCGUUGCCUAUGGAGCAGCGAUACAAGCUGCCAUACUGAAUGGUGAUAAAUCAGACGCAUUACAAAAUUUGGUAUUAAUUGACGUUACACCGUUGUCGUUGGGUAUCGAAGUUAGCACUGACUGUAAAAUGUCUGUGAUCAUUAAUCGUAACACUGCCAUUCCAACGAGACGAAUUGAACGUUACGUAACAUCACACGAUAAUCAAACUGAAGUAAAAAUCAAAGUUUUUGAAGGCGAAUAUGCUUUCACGAAAGAUAAUCACUUGCUUGGUAAAUUUACCCUUUGCGGUGUCCCUCCUGCGCCUGCUGGCGAAGCUAAAAUUGAUGUAACUUUCAAUAUCGAUGCUAACGGUAUGUUAAAAGUAACGGCUGUCGAAACCGCUACCGGUAAAUCAAAUCAAGUGACCAUUUCAUACGAUACAAGUCGUCUCAGUAAGGACGAAAUUGAGCGUUUGAUCGCAGAAGCUGAACAACGUCGAGCCAUGGAAAAAAAACAAAAAGCUGCAUCAACUGCAAAGAAUUCUUUAGAAUCAUACUGUAUCAACACGAAGAGCACCGUUGAAGAUGAAAAAUUGAAAAAUGACAUCGAUAGAACCGAUAAAGAGAUCAUUUUGAAGAAAUGUGAUGAAACUAUUCUUUGGUUGAAUUCUAUCCAGUCAACUGAAGCAGAGCCGUUUGAACAAAAGCUAGAAGAAUUACAAAAGGUAUUCGACGUAAUCAUUUCGAUAGCCAGAAACCCUUAUGGAAGUACUGACAAAUAUUACGAAGUAUUAAAAGUGCCAAGAUUUGCCUCUGAAAAUCAAAUAAAAAAAUCCUUCAGAAAAUUAGCUUCUAAGCUUCAUCCCGAUAAAUGCGAAGGUGACAAGGAAUUAGCAAAUAUGUAUUGGCUUGUCAUUACGAAAGCGAAGGAUGCUCUCACCAAGCAAGCAAAAAAAGCAAAAUUUAACUAA